AUGCCAAUCUCCAUCCUCCCACCCAGCGCACCUCUCCCACCACGGCGCGAUGCGAACGACGAAUACGACGACUCCGAUGUGGAAAUGGAAGACGAUGACUUCGCGACUUCUGGCUCAAAAUCGAUAGUAACGCCCGGCGAACACAUAACCUCAGACCCUCAAUGGAUGCGCGGCCACGGCACCUACAUCCCAAGUCUUCCUCCCUCCUCCACAACGAUAAUAUCGACCGUCGCCGGUACCCUGCACAAGACCAAUAAACUGCUUUCCGUACAACCGCUGCGCGCUCGAUACCAACCCGAGAUUGGCGACUUGGUCGUAGGACGCAUAAUGACAGUCGGAACGAAGAAGUGGAACGUGGACAUCGCAGCGCCAAUGCACGCAAACCUGCCUUUGUCGAGUAUAAACUUGCCCGGUGGAGUGUUGCGACGCAGAACGACAGUAGACGAACUGAACAUCCGGACAUUCUUUCAAGAAGGCGACUUGCUCGUCGCCGAAGUGCAGAGUCUGCACCAAGACGGCACAGCAUCCCUCCACACGCGAUCGCUCAAAUACGGAAAACUGCGGAAUGGCUUGUUUACCAGUCUAAGUGGCGCAGGCGGUGGCAUACUGAGUCGCAAGGGUGGUGUAGUGAGGAGUAGGCGGCAAGUGUUCACGCUGAACACCGCGGCAGGGGAAGUCGACAUCGUACUUGGUGUCAACGGAUACAUUUUCAUCAGCAAACACAUCGCGACGAAUGCGGACCCGAAAGAGGUGGGUAUCAACAGGCUGGACGAAAGCGUGACCGAGACGCUGUAUUCCAGCCAGAACGACGAGAUCGAGCCAGCUGUUAUGCGGGAGAUUACUAGGGUCAGCACAUUAAUCAGGGGAUUAGUAGCGUGUGGCGCGAAGGUGGAUGAGGACAUGAUCGUCAAGGUAUAUGACGGCGCGGUUGAGCUUGAGGCAGAAGAGCAAAGUCUAGGUGGUGUGGAGAGGGGCAUUGGCGCCAAAGGUGUCGUGGAAGCCGUGCUUGGACGUAUGGAGGUGGAGGCCGCCGGCUGA